GCGUCGAGGCGCAGUUCCCGCAGCGCCGGCGGAGCGUAGCGUAGCGCGUAGCGCUCGGCGGUAGCGGCCGCGAGUGGACGGGCCCGGCGGCUGGACCGGUGGCUCCGCCGCUCCGCUCGUCCCCCGCCGCCCUCCAUGAGCGCAGCGCCGCGCGGCCCGUGUCCGUAGGCGGCGGGCCGCCCCCCAUGCUGCUGCAGCCCGCGUCGUGCGCCCCGAGCUCGGGCUUUCCGCGGCCGCCGGCCGCCCCCGGCGCCAUGCACGGCUCGCAAAAGGACACCACGUUCACCAAGAUCUUCGUGGGCGGCCUGCCCUACCACACCACGGACGCCUCUCUCAGGAAGUACUUCGAGGGCUUUGGGGACAUCGAGGAGGCCGUGGUCAUCACCGACCGCCAGACGGGCAAGUCCCGCGGCUACGGCUUCGUGACCAUGGCUGACCGGGCAGCGGCUGAGAGGGCUUGCAAAGAUCCUAACCCCAAUAUCGACGGCCGCAAGGCCAAUGUGAACCUGGCCUAUCUGGGCGCCAAGCCCAGGAGCCUCCAGACGGGCUUUGCCUUUGGCGUGCAGCAGCUGCACCCCACCUUGAUCCAGCGGACUUAUGGGCUGACCCCCCACUACAUCUACCCGCAAGCCAUUGUGCAGCCCAGUGUAGUGAUCCCGGCUGCCCCGGUCCCGUCGCUGCCCUCGCCCUACAUCGAAUACACACCGGCCAGCCCAGCCUACGCCCAGUACCCGCCAGCCACCUUCGACCAGUACCCGUAUGCCGCCUCGCCCGCCAGCUUCAUGGGCUACAGCUACGCGGCGGCCAUGCCUCAGGCCCUGGCGGCCGCAGCCCCCGCGGGCGCCACCUUCGUGCAGUACCACUCUCCACAGCUGCAGCCCGACAGGAUGCAGUGAGGCCGCGCCGCCCCGAUCGCGGCCUCCCGCCACCGGGCCGGGGCUCACCUGCGCCUGUGCCUCUGCAGACCCCACGGGAACCCCGCCUGGGCCUCCAGAGGCCUGGAGACUGCUUCACUUCAGAACCGGGCCCUGCCACACCUGGAGGGUGGACUCCCUGAGAAAGGAACGACCAGAGCGACUUGCAGAUGCUGCCCCGACCUUGCACACAGCACCAGCCUUCUUCCUGCACCUUCCCUGCCCACCAGGCGGCCGGGCGGGGCCCCUCAGCCCUCUGCAGACGCCAGCUGCCCUCCAGGCCGUGCAGAGAUGCCUUACUCCAGGGAAACCUCAAAGCAAGUGAACUGACUACUUAGGGCAACUCCAUCGCACAAGCUGUGAACCGUGGCAGAAGGUGGUGUGGGGAGCACCCACCUCCUGACUUCUCAUUUCCUAAGUGAUGGCACGUGGGCGGCUUCCUCCAGGGCCACCGCCGCCCCAGAUGCAGCAGGGCCUCCGGCGGUGGGCCAGCCAGCCCCAGUCCCUUUCCUUCGAAGUUGCGACUUCUUUUCUUAUCAUCAUUGUUUUGCUACUAAGAUGACUUCAGAAUUUCAGUCUAUUUUUUCAACGGAGACUCCUGCCACCAAGAAUCCAAAACCUAUUUUUGACUUUAAGAGACUUGUUUUGUUGAUGGCUCCGCCCGAGGAGACAGUGACAGUAUUUGUAUAAGGUGUCUGCCCGCCCCAGUGCCGGGAGCCCCCAGAGGGGGGCGUCUCCAGACAGGAGGUCUCACUCAGCAACAGUGAGUUGUCUCAGAAGUUUGUCCCUUUCCCCACCUGAGGGGUGCAAGGUGACGUGCUGGCUGGGGGGCUAGACCUCAGUGUCCCAGGCAGCAGGGCGGGGAGGUUCAGAGUGCAGAUCGUGUGGCCCCACCCUCCCUGCCC